UUGUCGGGUCUGAUAAGCGGACUCCACAGAGACAAGCACACGAACAGGUAGCUCGCGAGCAUUCCCUUGAUCGGACUACAUAUAUGGGCCGGACGAGUCCCUCAUCAUGGGUCGUAUCGCUGCAAAUUUUCCUGGAGCCAAGGGGAUGAAUGCAUCUUUGCCCUUGCUGCACGAUUUCUACUCCUUCAACCUGCUCCUAACGCUGUUAUGAAGAACUGGAGUUCUCGUGUCAAUGAUGCUGUGGCGAGGAGCAUUGUCGGCCGCAGGUUCCGGCUUGAGGGCUCCGGACAUCGGCGUGAGCGGAAGGGUGCUCGAUUUCUGACUGAGAUUCGAGCUGGGCUUACCACUUUCUUUGCCAUGGCGUAUAUCAUAUCGGUCAACGCGACCAUCCUGACAGAUUCUGGCGGGCCCUGUGUCUGUACCGAUACCAAAGACCCGACGUGCAAAACCGAUAUAGACUAUAACCUAUGUUUGAACGUUUUGAAGCGAGACCAGAUCACGGCCACAGCAGCUAUUUCUGCGCUGUCGUCGUUUUGCAUGGGUUUGUUCUCGAACAUGCCUAUUGCUUUGGCCCCUGGAAUGGGACUGAAUGCAUACUUCACGUAUACGGUCGUUGGGUUCCAUGGAUCGGGACCAGUGAGCUACGGGCUGGCUUUGACCGCAGUGUUCGUCGAGGGAUUUAUCUUCUUCGCAUUGUCACUGUUUGGCAUGCGCCAGUGGUUAGCUCGAGCAAUGCCGAAAUGCAUCAAACUUGCCUCUGGCGUGGGAAUAGGACUGUAUCUCUCUCUCAUCGGGUUGACGUACAGUGCCGGCAUCGGAGCGAUAACAGGCGAUCGAGACACCCCCGUUACGCUCGGCGGAUGCGUUCCAAGCGAGAUGGUAGACGGCGUGUGUCCCGGCGGAGCUAGGAUGCGCAACCCCACGCUCUGGGUCGGGAUAUUCUGCGGCGGCAUCCUAACCUGCGUGCUAAUGAUGUACCGCGUCAAAGGCGCCAUAAUCGCCGGCAUCCUACUGGUCUCCGUGAUAUCGUGGCCCCGUCCGACGAACGUAACAUCGAAAGCACGCUCGUCCAACAGGAGUGGGAUCUGGCGCCAGGCAGGCGGCCAAUUCGGGCUGGCGCUGAUCACUUUCCUGUACGUCGACAUCCUCGACGCCACGGGGACGAUGUACUCGAUGGCACGGUUCUGCGGGGCCAUUGACGAGCGCACGCAGGACUUCGAAGGGUCUGCAAUGGCGUACACGGUCGACGCACUGAGUAUAUCGAUUGGGUCGCUGUUCGGCUCGUCGCCCGUGACGGCCUUUGUGGAGUCUGGGGCGGGCAUUUCCGAGGGCGGCAAGACGGGGCUAACGGCCAUGACGACGGGGGUAUGUUUCUUCGUGUCUAUAUUUUUUUCGCCUAUUUUCGCUUCGAUUCCGCCGUGGGCGACGGGCUGCACGCUCAUCUUGGUCGGCAGCAUGAUGGUGCGAGUGGCUGCGGAUAUCAACUGGCGGUACAUGGGUGACGCAAUACCGGCGUUUGUGUGCCUUGCUGUGAUGCCGUUUACGUAUUCGAUUGCGUAUGGUCUGAUAGCGGGCAUACUGACUUACGCGUUGCUGAACACGCUUGUGAAGGUUGUCGAGGUACUGUCGUGUGGCAAGAUUGUGCCUGAGAACAAGGAGUUUAAGGACCCCUGGACGUAUAAGGUUCCAGGGGGCGUGUUGCCUGGCUGGCAGCGGCGGCUGGCCAGGGGUAAGAGGGACUUUUGGCGGGAAGAUGAGGAUGAGCUUGGGGAAGCUUCAGCUGGAGCUGGAGCCGGAGCCGGAAGCGAGAGCCAGGUUGAGCUUGACGGGGUAGUCAAGGGCGGGCUGAGGGUGAAACCGCUGUCGGCCUCGGAGGAGUUUGAUAAACUGUCAUAACAUGAUAUAUUUAUAUUUCCCUUUAUUGUUGGAUCUACUCUUGCAGCGUGCUUGUACGGAGGUGUUGUCGAUGAUUAAGUCUACAGUUGGGAAUACAUUUUUUGGACAAGACAGGACAGAUUGAUAAAAAGCGACAAGAAGGUAUCAAUGGCACUGAAGAUGGCGAUGAGGAGUAACAAAGCUGUCUCGGCUGGUUACGUAG